CAAUCCAAUCCGGCGAGUGCGGCGCUGUUGUUACAGCACAGCUCGUGGUCAUGGCAACUGCAUCGCAGUGUGUAGAUUCAUAAGUUUUUGGUAGCAAACGAUAUAACGCAGCAGCUGUCUGUAGUACACUCUGAAAUAUCGUUAUUAUUGUCUUUCGUAAGUAAUUAAUUGUACUUUUAGAGCUAGUUGUGCUGAACGAUGUUUAAGAACACGUUCCAGAGCGGAUUCUUGUCGAUUUUGUACAGUAUCGGCAGCAAGCCACUGCAGAUCUGGGAUAAGAAGGUUCGGAAUGGUCAUAUCAAGAGGAUCACAGACAACGACAUACAGUCAUUUGUGCUGGAAAUUAUUGGGACCAACGUAAGCACUACCUUCAUCACAUGCCCUGCUGAUCCACGAAAGACGUUGGGCAUUCGCUUGCCAUACUUAAUUAUGAUCGUCAAGAAUAUGAAGAAGUAUUUCACCUUUGAAGUACAGAUCCUCGAUGACAAAAAUGUCAGACGGCGGUUUCGAGCAAGCAAUUUUCAGAGCACAACUCGCGUGAAGCCUUUCAUUUGCACCAUGCCCAUGCGCCUCGACGAAGGCUGGAACCAGAUUCAGUUCAACCUUAGUGACUUCACUCGUAGAGCUUAUGGGACCAACUAUGUUGAAACACUGAGAGUUCAGAUCCACGCAAACUGCCGCAUUCGUCGGGUUUACUUUUCAGACCGGCUGUAUUCAGAAGAUGAGCUUCCGGCAGAGUUCAAGUUAUAUCUUCCUGUACAGGCCAAAGCUAAAGCAUAACUGCAAUCUGUGUUCAUCAUAUGUCAGCACACUUGUACAACUAUGGAACUCUCACAUUAUCACAUGCUCCAAUACAAUAAAUAUCACUACAGACAAGA